CAGGGGUCGGGCCCGUUGAUGCUGACGGAGGAGGAGCGCCGCACGCUGGUGGCCGAAGGUUACCCGGUGCCCACCAAGCUGCCGCUCACCAAAGCCGAGGAGAAGGCGCUGAAGAAGAUCCGCAGGAAGAUCAAGAACAAGAUCUCAGCUCAGGAGAGUCGCAGGAAGAAGAAAGAGUACAUGGACGCUCUGGAGAAAAAGUCAGUCGUCAUUCGUUUAUUUAUUCAUUUAUUAGAGCGAAGAGACCCGGAAACAGAAAUAGAUCGAUAUUAGAUAAAAAGUUCUGCUCAUUUUAUUUGUUAAUGUCUCAUUUGGAUUCACUGCAACUCUUUUCUUUUAUCGAGUAACAUAAUGGCUCUGUUUUAAACUAUUUCAAUAAUCUCCUUUUUUAUGACCAAAUAUCUUAUUCAGAAUUUGAAAUUAUACUUGAAUGUGUGCAGUGUGACAAACUUCGGCUGCAGGAACCAAAUUAAAUAUUUUUAAAAAAUCUGAAGU